GCUUUGGAGCCAGAUUGUCCCAGACUCUCUCUCAUCUUCUGGUGUAUGGGUUCAGUGCUUCACUCACUCCAUUUCCCAAGGGUCAUCCACACGCUGCUCUGCUUGUGUGCUGUCCAGCCCAGCACAGAGGAGAGGCUUUGGGGGAAAAGCUGGAGUACAGUGGAGCUUCUGGAGCAAUCAGAGCUUUUGUCUGUUUUGUUCUUAAAACUUUAAUGGAGGGAGUGAAUUUUCUGGAAGAUUCUGUGACUUAACCUUCAUCUCUUGUCUGCCGAGCAUUCAGGUGACUACACAUGUGAGGUACUCUGGUGGGAGGCACCUAUUACCCCCCUUUAUAUGGGUCCCUGCUGAGGCCAGACAUCAGGUUACUCCCUUGGACUGCCCUAUGGACCAGUGGAGACUGGCACAUGCAAGUGGCUCAGGUGGCCUGGAAGGUUGUGCCUUCUGCACUUGGGCCAGAAGGAAGCAGGAUGGAAUCUAGCAGCCAUUGGAUCCUGGAAUAUUUAUCCCCCCAAUUAACUCACAAGAGCAAAAGGUUGUGAUUCCACGUUGCCUCACCUGUUCUGAGGUUUCAGAACCCUGGCCUAGAUACACAAUUUUCCAAAGCCUUUUAGAGGGAACAUCAGGCAGAACCCUGUGAUGGAUGUUCAGAUCAAUUUGAAGUGAACUUUAAGCUGCACAUACACAGGCCCUCAAACAUGGGUCCAGUUGGUCUUGGGUUCUAAUCAUCCAAGAAUCUGGAGUCCUUGCAGACCCAUCUUUCCCUUUUCUUCCAGAGUCAAGGGGAUUCCUCUUUCCAGGCCCCAGAGAAGUGCUGAGAGGUCUAUGGGAGGACGAUUGAUCUUUGAUACUACCUUCAACUGAGUGCUGAAAAGGGGGCAAUUCUGGCAGUAGGGAAGACGAGGAGGACUUUGCCUAUGGCGGCUUCAUCCCCAGCCCUCAAGAGACAGUUUCCACCAGUACUCUGGGCCCGGUGUGCGGAGAGGCCACUGGGGAAGGGUGCUCAGAAAUUUUAAUGAGCUCGUUCUGCUUAGAAUAAAGCCGUGCUGAUGUAAAAUGAUUCCUCAAUCCAGAUGUGGCGGGGGCGAGGAGCCUGCAUCAUUCAUGAUUCGAGUCAGGCUGUAAACAUGUCUGGUGUCAGCAGCAUCCAGCCCAGCAAGCUCCGGGAAUGCAGACCUGCACACAGAUGUCAGGGCCUACCAGGUGCUGGGGCAUCCAGGGCCCUCGGAGACAAAGUGGGCUUGCAAAUCUCAGUGCUGCGCAAGAUCCAAGGUGGCCCGGCUUCAUGAAACCCUUGCAAGCCUCCCACUCAGCCUCAUUGUUCCCUGUUGCCAUGAGGACUUCCAGAGAGACUUUGACAAACCCCCGUGUGAAGUUCAGAGCCUUGAUAUCUGAGGACUUCACCUUGCGAUCCAGCCUGGCAUCCAUGCCGGGGAAAGAAAGGAGCUCCUGCCAAUAGGCCCCUCCAGCCCUGAGCCCACUUUCCAGCCCCAUGGAUGAGGUUGGAAAACUGGGGCUCCCUGAGGGCAGGCCCAGGUCUUCUUCUCUGAAUCUCCUUCAUUUUGGGGGAGUUCUCCAGUGUGGGCCAGCAGAGGGCUGGACUCAAGAGAAGAAAGUGCUGAAGAAUAAUGACCUACUGGGCAAGAAGUGUCCUGUGACUGUCCCCUCUCUGGGUGCUUUCUAUCAUGAUAGACACCCAGAGUUGGGGGGGCUCAGCCCCUCCUUUCUGGAGACACAUAAUCUCACCCCAGGGUCUUGUGCUGGGCAUGGUGUCCUGCAAUCUUGUGACUAUUCAGCCUAAUCCAGUGAAUAUUAAGUUUUCUCCCCUUUGCUGGCUCCUGCCUAUGCAAACAGCCUCCUGGGAAGGGGAGGCAAAGGGUGCUGUGGCAGCCAGCGGCAGGGGACAGUGGGGAAGGCAAGCAGGCAGGGCUCACGGAGCUGACUGAGGGAGCCAGUGCUGAGCCCCCACCAUGGACAGCGGGGUGCGGGGAGCCUGUGUCCUCUGCUUGCUGAGCUCUUUGCCAAUCGUACUGGGCCACGUGCAUCCAGAGUGCGACUUCAUCGCACAGCUGAGAGAGGAUGAGGGCACCUGUCUGCACACGGUGGAGGGGAUGGCCAACACCACCCUGGGCUGCCCCAGGACCUGGGAUGGGCUGCUGUGCUGGCCGAUGGCAGGUCCUGGCGAGUGGGUGACUCUUCCCUGCCCAGAUUUCUUCUCUCACUUCAGCUCAGAGCCAGGGGCUGUGAAGCGGGAUUGCACUGUCACAGGCUGGUCUGAGCCCUUCCCGCCUUACCCUGUGGCCUGCCCUGUGCCGCUGGAGACGUUAACUGAGGAGAAAUCUUACUUCUCCACCAUGAAGAUCAUCUACACCUUGGGCCACAGCAUCUCUGUCGUAGCUCUCUCCGUGGCCAUCGCCGUCUUAGUUGCUCUCAGGAGGCUCCACUGUCCACGGAACUACAUCCACACCCAGCUGUUCACCACCUUUAUCCUCAAGGCAGCCGCUGUGUUCCUGAAGGAUGCCACCCUCUUCCAAGGCGAGAACACGGACCACUGCAGUUUCUCCACGGUUCUGUGCAAGGUCUCUGUGGCUACCUCCCAUUUCACCACCAUGACCAACUUCAGCUGGCUGUUGGCAGAAGCUGUCUACUUGACCUGCCUCUUAGCCUCCACGUCGCCCAGCACAAGGAGAGCCUUCUGGUGGCUGGUUCUUGCUGGCUGGGGGCUUCCCCUGCUCUUCACUGGCACGUGGGUGGGUUGCAAGUUGGCCUUUGAAGAUGUUGCGUGCUGGGACCUGGACAACAGCUCCCCCUACUGGUGGAUCAUCAAAGGGCCCAUCGUCCUCUCUGUUGGGGACUACAGAGGGAGCAGGACCCUGAGCCCCUUGUGGGACCUCCCAGUCUCCAGGAUACGAAUUCUAGAGCAGUCUGCACUUCCAUCCACUGGCACAUCCCUGUGUCUCAAGGAUUUGGGGUUUCUUGUUCCCAAAGAGUCCCCGCCCCCAGGUUACCAGGGCCAUCCCCUGACCCUGACCUUUCUGCAUCUCUAUUGCCAGGUGAACUUCGGUCUUUUUCUCAAUAUUAUCCGCAUCCUGCUGAGGAAACUGGAGCCAGCUCAGGGCAGCCUCCACAGCCAGUCUCAGUACUGGCGUCUCUCCAAAUCAACACUUCUCCUCAUCCCACUGUUUGGAAUUCACUACAUCAUCUUCAACUUCUUGCCCGACAGUGCUGGCCUGGGCAUCCGCCUCCCCCUGGAGCUGGGACUGGGCUCCUUCCAGGGCUUCAUUGUUGCCGUCCUGUAUUGCUUCCUCAACCAAGAGGUGAGGACUGAGAUCUCACGGAGGUGGCAUGGCCAUGACCCUGAGCUUCUGCCAGCCCGGAGGGCCCUUCCCAGGUGGUCAAUGCCUUCCCGCUCAGGGGCAAAGGUGCUGACAUCCGUGUAAGAUGCUGGGCACAUCAUACAACUAGAGUCUACACCCGAACUUGGACAGCUCCUGGGGCCCCCACCCUCUGGAGGAGCAAGAGGGCCUGGUGGCCCUGAGAGUCCUCAGGCCGUGUCCCACACAAGCUGCUGCUGGCCCUGAGCAGGUGCAGCCUGUGCCCCCUGUCCCACACCUGACUUUUUCCUCCCAGGCCCCUGUGCGUCUACCUCUGACUUCCUUGGUUCCUCUGGCUCUGUUCCUCUCUAGAAGUCUGUUCCUUCUAGAGUCUGGGCCCUCUCCCAAGGCUGCAGGAGCCAAUGACCUUGUAAAUGAAUGGAGGCAUAGUGGAGUGUAUGUGCACCUCUAGAGGGGAGGGGCCUACAGCCUUUAUUUGGUCCUCUGGUGCAGAAGUGUGCUUAUUGUUUCUCAGUUCAUGUUACACCAGCAUCCUUUGCCUGUGCAGGGAUCUGCUUGCUUGAUUUAUCUUCAAAAUGUAUUCUCUUUGGUCCCUACCUCCACUCCCAUUCCUGUCCAACAGGCAAAUGUUCCAAGGUGUUUAAUGUGAAUAUUUGCGUUCUGCGUGUUCUUGCAAAAUAUAUAGUGUUUUGUGUAUGGCUGUACUUUUAAUGUGCAUUAAUGCUGUUGGAUAUAUGCCUUAUCCUGCUUCUAAUGUUUUGCUCCUCGGCACUGUGCUUGUAAGAGAUCCACCCAUGUUGCUGUGUGCUCAUCUGGUCCCUUGUUUUGACUGCCGUAUGGUGCCACAUGGUGUGUCAUCGCCCACAUGGGACUGGCCCUGUCCUCUCUCUCUGGGUGAACAUUCACAGGCCUGCUCCCUUUUGGAACUGUGCGAGCGAGCCUUCCUCUGGGACACGUACCCAGGAGCGGAAGUGCCGGGUCAGUCAGCUAUGCCUUUUCUUAAUGUGAGGAAUUCGUGCCAGCAUGCGCUCCAGAAUGCCUGCAAAACCUACUCUCCCAUCCACAGCCCCACCAACACUUGGCAUUACCCAGCUUUUAAAUGUUUGCAAGUCAAAUGGGUGUAAAGUGACACCUCAUUGUUGUUUUAAUUUGCAUUUCUCUGAUGACUAAUGAGCGUGACAUCUCAUCUUGUGCUCGUUAGCCUUUUGGGUUUGCUCUAGAAAUUGCUUGGGUCCCUUUCCUUAUUUUUCUGUAGGGUGGAGAUUCCUCAGUUCUAGGUCUUUUCUCUUAUGUCUUCUCUGCUGUGUGCCCUCCUGGAUUCCAGCCUGCUGCCUGCCACCCCCGACCCAAAUAAGGGCCCCUGAUGUCACACAUCAUCAAGGGCCAUCCCUCCCCUCCCCUGCUCCUUGGCAGGAGGGAGAAGAAUGACGACUGAGCACUGUUCUUGGGACAUGUUUGUUGACUGAAGGGGAUGGAAGGAGAUUUGAGUAUAGAGAACAGGUGGAAAGGGAUGCAGUGGGUCAGAGCGAGAUCUUUCCUAUUCUUGGUCUCCCUGCAGCGGGUCUGCCCUCCAAAACUCAGCUCUGUUCCCUGGCCUCCAGAAAGCUUGUCCUGGCUUUACAUCUUGCCUACCACUUGUCCUCUGAUGGACACCUUCCUCCUUAUAGUCACAAGGGUUCCAGUGAAAGGAGAUGCAGCCAUGUGAAACCCAAGUCACAUUGUUGGCCAUGUUAUGUACCUGCCCAGCACCUUCCUGGUUAGACAAUUGUCAAGGUGUGGUCCUGUCUAAAAUCCCUGUCAUGCAGUCUUCCUUUAGUCUCACAUCAUAAAAGUAAUUCUUACUCUUUGCAUGGCAUUUGGGAGAUAGUGAAAGGAUUAAGAAAGAAAAUAAAAAUCAGCCAUAAUCUCAUCAACCAAAGGUAAUAACUACUGAUGUUUUUGUGUGUUUCCUGAAAGAUUUUUUUCUCUGCACAUUUGAAAUUUCUUGUAAUCAUACUUAUGGAAUAAAUUACAGAAUUUCCAGCA